GUGGUUUAAGCAUAUACAUACAUAUGCAGAUCUCAUACUCAGCCGUUACAUGUAGAGCUUUCCUCUCUCCAGCCAUGAAGAAAAUCAAACUCAAGCAAACCCACCAAGCAACCAACACUGAUCAACAAGAAGAAGAGCAUGAUAAUCAAUCCGAUAUUUUCCACCUUCCAAACUACAUAAUACUGGAGAUACUCUCCAGAAUCCCAAUCAAAACCCUCAUCCAAUGCCGCUCUGUGUGCAAGUCAUGGCGUCAUUCACUCUCGGACUCCCACUUCACCAAGUCUCUAUUUUCCCAAACACCCACUUGCAUUUUGCUCCAGAAUAGCAGCACCAUCAACCCAAAAUCCCCAAGGCUCUUCUUGAUUGAUCUAGACAAGGCCUCCGGCAGGAACGACGUCGUAAUUAGGCUCCCCAAAGACCCUAAUGUCCCAACUCGGGGUGUGCAAGUUGUGGGUUCCUGCAAUGGCCUGCUCUGCGUGUAUGAUAGGCUCAACUGUGGCCAACUUUAUAUCUCCAACCCCAUUAUCGGUGAGUCUUUAACACUUCCAGCACCUAGGAUGGAAAUUGAUUAUCAGUUUGUUUGUGGGUUUGGAUUUUGUCCUAGUAAUGAGGUUUAUAAAGUAGUUGUGGUUACUUCUCCAAGUGAAGGAACUGAUCAUGGAGAGGUGAAGGUUUUGACUGUUGGGUCUGGGGUUUGGAAAAGCAUUGGGAAUUGUGUGUACCAUUUUGGGUACCAACCAUAUGGGGUUUAUAUGAAUGGGUUUCUUCAUUGGAUUGUUCAAACUAGUGAGGGUUCUGUUUCGAUUUGUGCCUUUGACAUUGAAAAUGAGAGUUUCCGAGAGCUUCCACCGCCGCCUUGUUGUUUGAAAAAAUGUGUCAUUAGCAUUGGAGUCCUGGAAGGUUGGCUCUCUGUGUUUGUUCGGUCCGGAAGUAACAUCAAUGUGUGGAUGAUGAAAGAUUAUGGGGUUGAGGAGUCUUGGACCAAAGAGCUUGUUGUCAAAGAAAAAUCGUCAGGCAUGAUUGGGAAAUUGUUUGGUCACUCGACUCGAUCUUCUUCUGCUGCUCAAGUGUUGAAGUUUACAAAGAAGGGGCAAGUCUUGCUGUUGGAUAAGUAUAAACUGCAUGUUUAUACUCCUGGAAAAAGAGGUUUUGUACCACUUGAGAUUGAUGGGGUACCAUAUAUGGUUGAAGCAUUUGCCCAUAUUCCUAGCUUUAUUUCGCUUGCCAAUGCCAUUAGGGGUUAGGACUUGAUGGUUAUAACGAGUUAUGAAUUCUGUACAGUUGCUUUGUUUGAUCUCAAGGUUUCUAUUGCAUAUGUAGUUUCUUAACUAGUGUAAUUUAUCUUUACAUUUUUGGGUUAAUUGUGGUAAUGCUUUGAUUA